UUCUGGGAAGUAAGGGGCGCCGGGGAGGUGGGAGGCUGAAGAGCCGCGGGCCGCGUAGGUCCCGGAGCGAGCGCCGCAGCCCAUUGUGCGCCCCACGCGGCGCGCUCUGUUGCAGAGGAGCCCCGGCCGGGAAGUGUGGAUGCGUCUCUCCCGAGGCCGAGCCGCCUCGCCCGCUCUAGUCCAGCGGAGCCGGAGCGCCUCGGACCAAUCCCCGGUGAUUAUGCAAGACAGCGGACCAAUCAGCUCCGCCAGCUCAUGAAUAUUUAUGACCUUGGCUGAGUCAAAGCUUUGAAGCGAGUUUGGGGAGCUCGGCAGCAUCAUGCUUAGACUUUUCAAAGAGGCAAACUCCAUUUUCUUAUGAAUGGAAAGUGAAAACCCCUGUUCCGCUUAAAUUGGGUUCCUUCCUGUCCUGAGAAACACAGAGACCCCAAAAAGGGAAGCAGAGGAGAGAGAGAGACCCACACCUAGACCCCGCGAGAAGAGAUGACCAUGACCACCAUGCCAGAAAGUCUCAACAGCCCCGUGUCGGGCAAGGCGGUGUUUAUGGAGUUUGGGCCGCCCAACCAGCAAAUGUCUCCUUCUCCCAUGUCCCACGGGCACUACUCCAUGCACUGUUUACACUCGGCGGGCCAUUCGCAGCCCGACGGCGCCUACAGCUCGGCCUCGUCCUUCUCCCGACCGCUGGGCUACCCCUACGUCAACUCGGUCAGCAGCCACGCGUCCAGCCCCUACAUCAGUUCGGUGCAGUCCUACCCGGGCAGCGCCAGCCUCGCCCAGAGCCGCCUGGAGGACCCAGGGGCUGACUCCGAGAAGAGCACUGUGGUGGAAGGCGGUGAAGUGCGCUUCAAUGGCAAGGGGAAAAAGAUCCGUAAACCCAGGACGAUUUAUUCCAGUUUGCAGUUGCAGGCUUUGAACCGGAGGUUCCAGCAAACUCAGUACCUAGCUCUGCCCGAGAGGGCGGAGCUCGCGGCCUCCCUGGGACUCACGCAGACGCAGGUCAAGAUCUGGUUCCAGAACAAGCGCUCCAAGUUCAAGAAGCUGAUGAAGCAGGGUGGGGCGGCUCUGGAGGGUAGCGCGCUGGCCAACGGCCGGGCUCUGUCUGCCGGCUCUCCGCCGGUGCCUCCGGGUUGGAACCCCAACUCGUCUUCCGCGAAGGGCUCGGGAGGCAGCGCAGGCUCCUACAUCCCCAGCUAUACGUCAUGGUACCCCUCGGCGCACCAAGAAGCUAUGCAGCAACCCCAGCUCAUGUGAGGCUCGCCCGCACCCGCCCGCCUCCUUCCCAUCUCCCCCGGCUCGGGCCCCUCCCGCCUCCCGGUACAUCCACCCCGUUCGCGUGCCCUGGGUCCAGAGGAGAAGGGCCCAGAGGGAAAGAAGAAAGAACAGUGAAGGCAGGACGCCCGUCGCCUCCUCGGAGUCCCGCGCAGUCUGUCCGGGCGACUUCCCUAGUGCCCACGCCUUUGCCAGACCCCCGGCCUCGGCCCCGCGGUGACAGCAGAGAGCGGCUUCUGAGCGCAGGCAUAGCGGCGCAAAACAGCCGGGCGCAGGACAAGCCCGCCGGACCCGACCGUCAACUCUCAGCUGUAUGGGACUAUCAGGAAAAAAACAAAGAAAAAAUGUAGACAAAGCAAAAGCUCUUUCUGUCCUGUCCAUCUCUCGUCUCCUUUCGCUCUGUAUCUGUGCGCUGACGAAGUCGAGGUCGUCGUCCGUCCGCGUCAGCUGUCCUCGUUCUUCCGCCUCUGAAAAAUAGUCACCGGCUUCGAGGAGGCUUGGUUCACUGGGCCGCCCAGUUCCGGAUACUGGAACAUUUUGUCCAUUCGGAUCUUUUCCUGGGCCUGCCUAACCAUCUGUGUGGCUCUUUUGGGUAUAGGGGAAAAUUGGAGGGAGGGAGUUUUAUUUAUUGAAAAAUGGACUUGCCUGAGGCUGAGUGUUCGGCCAAUUAGCAGUUCUGCGGGGCGUGCGAGGAGGAGCGCAGGGUCCAGACGGACCCCUUACUUUAAACGCACCCAGAAAAACGAAUAGGGAGGACCUGGAGCUUUUUAACUUAUACAGUAACUUUUGUACUUCGCUAGUAUGGAGAGGUUGGAGCCGAAUGAUUUGCAGUUUUUUCAUGUCCCAUAUUAUUUAAAAAAGAAAAAGAGAAAGAAAUGAACCCAACACAAUUUUCUCAUCUCGGGAAGAACGCUUGAUCUCUGCCUGGCUAAGAAGGAAAAUCCUAAUUCUUUCCUUGUGGAGAGAAAGAACCAAUGACCAGAGAGAGAAAACAGGCAGGCAUGUGCCAGUGCCCUAAUGCCAGGGGGCUUUAAAGUUAGAUGAAAGCAGCUUUACAUCAAUCCCCAGAGGCUUGACCACAGAAUAAUGCCAGUCAUCACCCAAUGCACAGUCUUCAGUGCAGGAUCUAAUUGCUGUACAUAUUAUUGUUAUUAAUUAUUAUUGUUAUGAUUAUUGUUCUGUAAACAUGUUGCACAAGCUUAGCUUUUUUUCCGUUCUGUUGUCUGUGGCUGUAAAACCUGAUGCUUUGUGAAAUGAGAAUCUUGACAUUUUACUUGUGAAAUUUGGAAAAUGUGAUCAACUGAAAUCAACUGUGUUUUGUGUUCUCUAUGUCAAAGUUUAGUUUUAUAUUGAGAAUGUUAACUUAUUGCUUUGUAUCUUGGGGGGGAAAGAACUUUGUAAAUAAGUUAUAAAGUUUCUUUGAGACAGUAAAAUUAUGGUUUCGAGAAAGAGUUGCUGUCUGGUGUGCUGUGUGAGUAGGUAUUGGGGCCUGGGCAUCAGGCUUCCACCUUGGGGGACAGAAAAGUCAGGGACAGCAACUCCAAAGGCUGGAGGCCUGAGAAACCCCUGCUGGGACCAUCCUCAAGCUUAACUCCUGCUCCUCCAAGGGUGUGAUAUCUGCCUGGAGUAGGGGAUGGUGGCAAGGGUCCCUGGGCAAGGGGGUUCUGGAACAGGUGUGGCCUGGCAGAGCCAGGGCUCAGGAAUCGAAGGGACAGUGAAGGCCGUCUGAGAUGGGGUGAAAGCAGAGCUCACAAGCAGCCACUUGGUGAGACAUGAGUGCCCCCUGCACCCAGUCACCUCGCGGGAGGCCUGGAAGCCUGAAAGCAGAGACAGCUGGCUUUGCCCCUUGCCUCCACCGGGAUCUGGCCUCUCGGCUCAUGCUUGCCCGCAGGGCGCUAGAUCUCAAUGUGGAAAAGACCGGGCCAGACGCCCGGAAAGGGGCCGGAAGGACACGUCUGUCAUGCUACCCCCAAUCAAUCAGUGAGCUCCAGGGGACAGUCCCAA